AUGGCACCUUUCUUGAAAAGCGCGCCGCGCAUCAGGCGCAUCUCACUCGUGGUGGGAAUGUGUCUCGUCGUGGUCUGGACGCUCAUCUCAACAUGGAAUUCCGCGUCGUCAUCGUCCAACGGAGGGUUUUUGACGACGCUCUUGGGAUCCCGCAUGAGCAGCGGUGCAGAUGUGCUCAAUUACAUUGAUCCGCUCAUUGGGACUGUCAAUGGAGGUCAUGUCUUUCCGGGAGCAACUCUUCCAUACGGUAUGGCAAAAGCUGUUGCCGACGUCCGGGGAGGUGAGGCCGCUGCUGGCUUUGUGUCUGAUGAUUCACUCAUACACGGCUUUUCGCACCUGCACGACUCUGGAACCGGUGGUUCACUGUCGCUAGGAAAUUUCCCACUUUUCGUGCAUCCUGGAUGUCCAGAAGAUGAUUUUCAGCAGUGCCAAUAUUCCAGGUUUACGAGGGGCGUCGAGAGAAGAAAUGGUUCUGUCGAGGCAGCGCCAGGGUACUUCGCAAUCGAACUGAACAACUCGGUUCGUGCCGAGAUGACAGCUACAAAGCAUGCAGCGCUCUAUCGAUUCAGUUUGCCAUCUGUUUCCGAAGUCACUGAUGGGAAGCAUUUUGUUCCGACAAAACCGAUGGUUCUGGUCGAUCUUUCGGAUUUGGCGGGCAGCAGGUCCGGGGGCUAUCUAGAGGUCGAUUCGGAAACUGGGAGGGUCACGGGGAAUGGCACGUUUCUCCCAUCCUUUGGCCGAGGUCACUUUGCUGCUCACUUCUGUGCCGACUUUAGAGGCGCGACCAUUCGGAAAACGGGUACCUUUAUGGACACGAAUGCAAACGAUACGGUUCAGGUCCUCGGCGGUGCGAAUGGCAUUCCAAUGUUCAGCACAUCGGUGGGUGCCUGGAUACACUUUGACAAACUUACCAAGGGCCGACUAAUGGCCAGGGUUGGAAUUUCAUUUCUCUCCAUCGAGCAGGCAUGCCAGAAUGCUGAAGACGAGAUCCCAUUCUUCGAAUUCGGCAAGACAGUACAAGCUGCCGAAAAAGCCUGGGCUGACAAGCUGGCGGUCGUUGAGGUGGACCAUUUUGGUGUCGAGAACGACCUCUUAAAGACUUUUUGGUCUGGAUUAUACCGGGCCCUUUUAUCGCCUCAAGACUAUACUGGUGAGAACCCACUUUGGGAGUCGAGCGAGCCGUAUUUCGACUCUUUCUACUGUAUCUGGGAUUCGUUUCGGGCACAGCAUCCGCUCUUGACCAUUAUUGAUCCCCAAGAACAAACUCGCAUGAUACGGGCCUUGUUGGACAUAUACAAGCACGAGGGGUAUUUGCCAGACUGCCGUAUGAGUUUUGUCCCAGGAUAUACGCAAGGAGGCUCCAAUGCAGAUGUUGUUCUUGCCGAUGCCUUUGCCAAGAACCUGACGGAUGGUGUUGAUUGGAAUCUAGCCUACGAGGCAGUCAUCAAGGAUGCCGAGAUUGAGCCAAGGGACUGGACGAGUUUAGGUCGCGGCAACAUUGAAGCAUGGAGGAAAUAUGGAUACAUACCAAAAGAUGAUGUUGACACCAAUGGCACCGGGCCAAAUACACGGUCCGUCUCCCGCACGGUAGAGUACGCCUAUGACGACUUCUCAAUUGCCUUGAUGGCUAGAGGUCUCGGAAAUCCCACCGACGAAAAGAAAUAUCUGCAUAGAAGCAAGAAUUGGAAGAACCUCUACAACCCAGCAAUGGAGGAUCGAUACCAGGCCAAGGACGGAACCGUGGUUGAGAGCCCUUUUCAAGGGUUUCUUCAACCCCGCCUGAUGAACGGAAGCUUUCUAGCGCAGGACGCACGCCUCUGCAGUCCCAUUCACGAACAGCAUGUCUGCUACUUUGACACAAGAUACGCAACGUAUGAGGGCUCUCCAUGGCUCUACACCUUUUAUGUACCUCAAGAUAUGGCUUCACUGAUUGAGACUCUGGGAGGAAGGGAGCCGUUUAUCCAGAGGCUCGAGUACUUUCACUCGUCGGGCAUCAUCUACAUGGGCAACGAGCAAAGCUUUUUGCCAACAUUUCAAUUCCAUUACGGCGGUCGGCCCGGUUUGAGCUCCUAUUGGGUGCAUCAAUACAUUCCCAGCCAGUUCAACAGCUCGGUCAAUGGCAUCCCCGGUAACGAUGACUGCGCCAUGGGCGCCUUUACGGCUUUUGCCUUUAUGGGCUUCUUCCCCGUCGCCGGACAGGACGUCUAUCUACUGACGCCGCCACUGUUCCGCGAGGUGAGGCUGAGAACGCCGACGGGCCGGCAGGCCAUUAUCAGAAAUGUUGGGUUCGACCCGACCUACGAGGCGAUUUAUAUACAGAGCGCCAGACUAAAUGGGCGGCCGUACACGAGAAACUGGAUCAAGCAUGACUUUUUCUACAAUGGUGGAGUCCUCGAGUUGACGCUGGGCAAGCAGGAGAGUAAUUGGGGCACAGCGGAUGAGGAUUUGCCGCCCAGCUUGUCGACUAAUUAUGCGGAUUUCUAG